UCUGUUAGAAAAGUUAUAUCAUUAUUUCUAUACCUAUCUAUUAUCUUGACUUUUUCAUUUUUUUAAACGAAAACUAUUAAAAUUCAAUAAAGAUUAUUAUGUUGUUAUAACAUCUACUAAAAUAUAGUCAUAAGUAUUUUAGAAAUACAUUUUAGUGUUAAAGAUUAUCUGCACGCCUUUGCAGUUUGCAGAGUUAGGUUAUGUUAACCAAAAGGCCAAGUAUUUUGAUAAAAUGACUGAACUAAAUAAGGAUAAUUAUUGCGUUGUUAAAAUACCAACUGCCUUCGAGAAGAGAACAGUGGAAUGUGCAGGAGCUGUAUUUCUGCGUUAUUAUAACAUCAAAGUUUAUGGUCAAGAAGCAUCGCUUCAAUCGUCUAAGUCAAAGAACAAGGCACAGGAAGUAGUGUUUGAGGACGAUGUCAAUUACUUACGUAGCCUUGAUCCGAAAGAAUGGAAGAAACAAGAUCAUUAUGCCGUUUUAGGAAUGAAAGAUUUGCGAUAUGCGGCAACUGACGACGACAUUAAGCGCGCCUAUCGUCAGAAAGUGUUGAAGCAUCAUCCCGAUAAACGAAAAGCUCAAGGUGAAGAAGUAAGGAGCGAUGACGACUAUUUCACUUGCAUAACAAAGGCAUACGAGACACUGGGAACACCCAAGUGCCGCAGAUCGUUUGAUUCGGUUGAUCCUACUUUUGAUGAUUCUCUACCCAGUACUGCCGAUGUAAAAUGUGAUGGUUUUUUCAAAACAUUUUCAAAGUUUUUUGAAAUUAAUUCUCGUUGGUCCGAAAAGAGAAAUGUCCCCCUGCUUGGAGAUGAAAACAGUUCCCGGGAUUUUGUUGAAAAGUUUUAUGCAUUUUGGUAUGAAUUCGAAUCAUGGCGUGAGUUUUCUUACUUAGACGAGGAAGAGAAAGAAAAAGGCAGUGAUAGGGAAGAAAGGCGGUGGAUAGAAAAACAAAAUAAAGUUGCAAGAGCUAAAUUAAAGAAAGAAGAAAUGGCCAGAAUUAGAACACUCGUAGAUCUUGCCUAUUCCAAUGACCCGAGAAUCCUAAAGUUUAAACAGGAAGAUAAAGAUAAAAAACUAGCAAUUAAGAAAGCUAGACAGGAUGCUAUUCAAGCUAAAAAAGCAGAGGAAGAGAGAAUAUUACGAGAAGCUCAACUUGCUAAACAAAAAGCACAUGAAGCUGAGAAAGCAAAACUAGAAGCGGCCAGAGCAGAAAGAGAACUUCAGAAGAAAAGUUUAAGGAAAGAGAAAAAGUCACUAAGAGAUCUGUGUAAAUUAAAUAACUACUAUACUAAAUGUGAGGAUGAAAUGGUAGCACACAUGGCAGCUACUGAAAGAAUCUGUGAGCUGAUGAAGUUGAAUGAGUUGCAAGUGUUUAUAAAGGACUUGGAGGAUAAUGGUAGAGAGGCAUUUAUGAAGACCAUGAGGGAAACAGAUGAGAAGCUAGAAUCAGAACGCUCAGCAUUAUUUGAGAAUAAGAAAGCUGAAGAACAGAAGACUGUAAAAAAUACAGCUUUAAGAGCACCCAUAGAAUGGAGUGUAGAAAUGACUCAACUGCUCAUCAAAGCAGUGAAUCUGUUUCCUGCAGGUACCAAUCAACGGUGGGAUGUUGUUGCAAACUUCCUUAAUCAGCAUGGCACAUUUACAGAUAAUAGACGUUUUAAUGCUAAGGAAGUAUUAAACAAAGCAAAAGAUUUGCAAAGUGCUGACUUUUCAAAGAGCAGUCUAAAAAAGGCAGCAAAUGAAGAAGCAUUUGAUCAAUUUGAAAAAGAUAAAAAGAAGCCAAGCAAUGUCAUAGAUGAGAGUAGUGUUUCCAAGAAUGAUGCACCCACUAUGGUUAAUGGGAACACUCCUAAAGUGAAUGGUGAUGCCAAUAGAGCUCCAAAAGAAGAUCGGGCUUGGACAAAAACUGAACAAGAAUUGUUAGAACAGGCCAUAAAGACAUUUCCUGUGAGCACAACAGAUAGGUGGGAUAAGAUAGCAGAUUGUAUCCCAAACAGAAGCAAGAAGGAUUGCAUGAAGCGAUACAAGGAAUUAGUUGAAUUAGUCAAAGCUAAAAAACAGGCUGCUAAUUUAACAAAAUAGCAUUGCUUCUCACUUAGUAGCUCAACAAAUUAUUGAAUUACAACAACAUGGCCUUAAAUAAAUGGAAAGUACUCUUUGAAAUAAUAUUUCGAACUGGAGCAUUUGAGUUUGUGGAAGAUGAUCAUUAUGAUUUGCGUAAAUUGAAGUCUGGCUGAAGUUGCGUAAAUUCAUUGGUGAAAUGUUACUACAAGAUAUAAGCAGAGCACAUCUAAACAGAUGACUUCUAACACCUCCACACAUAAUACAUGUGGUUGGCAAUGAAAUUGCAAGGUUCAUUACUGUGUUCCAUUGAAUGGUGAGCUCCUUGAUUGCUGCUGGUUUUGUGGUCUGUAGUGACCCCAUAUCUUCAUCAUCAGAUAAUUAGUGGUAAAUUAUCAAGUAUGCAUUCAUUAAGUCAAAUAGUAAAAGUGAUAUCACAUAAAUUUUUAUAAGAGGAGAAUGAAGUAGGUACAUUAUGAAAUGAAACUAAUUUUUGUAAUCUUAUCCAUUUUUAGCUGUAACUUUUUUUAACAUUAAUUUAAAUGUUACCUUUAUACUUCCUAAAUACAAAUUAUAACUUUUUGUAUAUUUUUUUUGCAUUUUGAAAAAUUAUGGUUGGAAUACCCCAAAUUAUUUGGUUAUUCUUGAUGAUCACAGGCCAGCUGCUAUUUGCUAGGCUGACUCUUGGGCAGUAAAUGAUCUCAUCAGUUAGCAUGGUCUUCCAACAAACCUACAGAAAAUAUCUGAUUUUCAAGACCAUUUCAUUAAAAUAUGUAACUUAUAGUAAAGGUAGUUAAUAAAAAUUAUUUAUUUUCUAAAAA